CUUCGAGCAUUGGGUCAUACGGUCCUAUUGACGAACAUGUCCGAUCCGAGCGUCACUGAACGCCGGAUCCGUCCAAUUCAAGAUGCGGUCGCAACUGCGAAUUGGAAGCAGGCGCUCCAGCUUUGCGACAAAUGGUCCAAGAAAGGCGAAAAAUCCGAUCGAUUCCUGGCCUUGAAAGCGUUCGUCCAAGUCAACCAUCCCGAGAAGGCUCAGCAUGACCGAGGCCACACGGAGGUCCUUGACCUCUGUAAACGGAACCCUCCCAUCACCGACCCUGACGCCAUAUACCAGAUGCAAGAUGCACUCAAGAGUCUGUCAUUGCGGGAAGUGGAAGGACCCAAGCUCUGGGAACGAGCAGUCACUGUGAAGCAGAACGACAAGGACCUGUACAUCAGGUGGCUAAACCAGGCUAUUGCCGACAAUAACUGGCUCAGCGCCCAAAAGGCCACCAUGGGGUUACGAAAGUCAUUCCCAAAGGAUCGCAAUUACGAGUUCUGGAACAUCAUGAUGUGCUAUCUGAUACACAUGCAAGAAGGACUUCCCGAGAAGGACAGAACCUUGUUUGGCACAUUAGCAUACCGCAUGAUAUCCAAGUCUGCCGAGACGAUUCCUGCUGGUCAGGACGAGCUACUUGCGCCUGGCAAGGCUAUCUCAACGCCUGAAGAGGUAGCGCUUCUUGUCCAAGUUUUGAAUUCGACAGGUCAUCCGGAAGAGUCCGUCAAGCUUUUGCAAGGGACUUUGCUGAAUAUGGAGUCUCGCGUGGGCAGACAAGAUCCGCAGCUGAUAGUAUCCUUGCUGCUCCAGUCAUUUUAUGCGUCGAAACAGUGGGAUGAAGCAUUCACGGCAUGCCAGACACUCCUGUCCAGGUUCCAAGCGGACGACCAAAUAUGGAAGCUCUGGCUAAAAGCACAGUCCGAGUCUCGUGCUGACAGCAAGCGAGAGCAAGCACAAGCACUGUUGAAUUCCGUGUGCAGUGUGAAGCCAACCAUAAGGGCGGCGCAAAUGGCCAAGAUGAACUGGCUACAUACACAAGGCGACAGCUCGUCUGACGCGCUGCUACAGACUUGCGAGGACUAUGCUUCGGCAUUCUCAAAUAAAGCAUUCUGUUACGAUGACCUGAAAGCCUCAUUACGCCAGCUCGACAAGGAUCGCCUUGAUAAAUUUACGAAAACCCAAUCCGAGGCCCCUGAGAGCUUUGGACAUCUUUUCAACCUCAAAAUGUCCUACGGCUUCACGCCUGCGGACAUGCCGACAGAGGAUUUCACGUCUUUUAUACUACAAGCAUUGGAAGUCUUUGAGAAAUCGACCUCCACCACAUCUCCCUGUCCUGAGGCAGCCAUUCUUGCGAUCCUGGCGAUUCUCAGACUCUCACCUACUAAAGACUCACCACAAAACACCUUGUUCGCCGUAAUAUUACUUCAAAUUGCCCGAGCAAAAUUCGAAGACUACUACCUAUUUUCCAUCUUUUUGAUCCUGCUGCAAGCCAACCUUGGUCUGCUGUCUCUAGCCAUGCAAACAUUCACCCGGCUCAGCGUUAAGAACAUGCAGUACGAAACAGUGGCACACUUGAUACUGACACGAAUAUCUUCACUGCAUCCUGCUGCUACCAGCGGCAACGGCAACAGCAGUCUCGCAUUCGAACCAUCCAGCGCCAUUGACACAGGCCUCACGAUCAUAGAAAACGCAGAUACAGCACUCGUCCGCGGCAUCCGUGAAGGUCUGCGAUUCAACAGCUACUCAAAUAUAUACAACAGUGUGAAAAUGCGGUCAGACAUUGAGCGCAGCAUGAAUAGGCAGAUACUUGCCAUCGAAGAGCGCAAGCUCGCCAGACUGCUCGGGGUCUCUGAGGAGACGGUGCUCCCUGUAGCCCUAUCGCCGCUCGUUGACAAGCGAGAUUACACUUACCUGCCGGCUUACCGUGAGGAUGAUGCGGAAUUGGUUGCUCAGUAUCGUUGUGGCCCGCUGCCCAAAGAGAAGUGGAUCAAUGCUAUGGCUCUGUUCGACAAUGUGGCGACAUACUUGAAAGCCGAGUUCACGGGCCAGCCUGUGUUGUCUGCCAAAGCGUAUGAGAACCUGCUUGAGUUGCAGAACAGGGUCGACGCUACUGACUUUUUUGACGGUCUCGAGGCGGAGUUGACAAAGGCUGAACUCGGCACCUUCGAAUGUCACAAAGCUCUCGCACAGGUGACACUCUUGCUCAAGGAUGGAAACUCUGAAAAUAUCAGUGCCUCGCUGGACAAGAUCAAAACUUGGGCGUCGACAAGUCUCGACGACCACAAGACACGCACGUCAGGCUCAAUUGUAGUCGGGGACGUCCGCAUGCCAACCUGGGACGAUUUACAUACCAGUCUAUCACAGCUCGAGACACUACAAGUCGUCGCAACGUUGUUGGGCAUUUUGAGCAAGAAGAGCUCCGGCAAGUCGUCCAAAACCAAGACUUCGGCGGCGACGGUAGACAAGCAAGUCCUGUCGGAGUUGCAAGAUCUGGUCGUGGCGCUGGAGACGCAAAUCCACGACGACGCCCGCGUGCUCAAGGCUGAAGUCAACGCGCCGGGCGUGCUGGGAAAACUGGUGGAUUGGGGCUUCGGGCGCGAAGAGCCAUUCACAAAGCUCGAGGGCGUGCUGGAAAAAUUGUGCGAUGGUGUGACUAUGGAGACUAUUUGUGGAGGCCUGAAGGAGAGUUGGGAGGAUGCGUUGGAUGGGGUGUUGGCUAUCAAGGUCAAGGUGUAUAAGUAGCGGCACUCUUUACUCCGUUCUGGCAUCUUUUAAGGGGAAUAUCCAUAGCGAGGCGAGACUGGUAGAUAGAGGUUGAU